AUGGAAGGUGCUAAAGAUCGUCUCAAGCAACUCGCGUCGCAUUUCACGUCCGCCAACCCUGUCCCUGGGCCACCGCCCAUCCAUCCCGGCGACAGCCACGAAUACCAUCAUCGACACAACUUCCACACCCUCAGCCCAACAUGGUUCCUCUGGCGCGCGGCGCAAAUCGAGCCAGACGCCAUGGCAAUAUACCACAAGACGGCGAACGGCAAGAUCCUACGGCGCUCUUACGCUGAAGCUGCGGACCGCGCACGAGGGCUGGCAUACUACCUGAGGAAACACGGGUAUAAGAAAGUCGGCAUAUUGGCGACGAACACACCAGCAUUCCUGGAGAGCACAUUCGGUAUCGCGGCGGCUGGAGGUGUGAAUGUCGCUAUCAACUACCGGUUGAAGCAUGAUGACAUCAGUUACAUCUUCCAGCACUCGGACGUGGACAUGAUCAUUGCGGAUGCCGAGUUUGUGGGCUUAUUGGACGAAUACAAGAAGGAAAGACCAAACGUACCCAUACUGAUUGACACAGACACGGAUGCGACAGAAGGUGAACUCUCGGGCCCUUUCGACGAUGCAGUACUCGAGGGAUUGAAGUACGAUAUUGAGCAAGGAGGCAAGGGCUGGGCAGAUCUGGAGUCGCAGGCGAAGGACGAAGAAGACGUCAUGGCACUCGCAUACACCAGCGGAACAACAGCACGGCCGAAGGGGGUCGAAUACACACAUCGCGGCGUCUACCUUGCUGCCAUGGGCAAUGUCAUCGAGUCUGGGCUGAACUAUCAUACAGGCCGCGCAAAGUAUCUCUGGACUCUGCCAAUGUUCCACGCGACGGGCUGGACAUUCCCGUGGUCAGUUACCGCCGUCCGAGGAACGCACUAUUGCCUCCGCAAGAUCGACUACGCAGAGAUCUGGCGCCUGCUCAAGGAGGAAGGCAUCACGCAUUUCAACGCCGCACCAACCGUCAACACCUUACUCUGCGCAGCGAAGGAAGCAGAGCGCCUACCCCAGCCAGUCAGAGUCACCGUAGCCGCAAGCCCACCGAGCGCAUGGCUCUUCGAACAGAUGUCCAACUUGAACCUACACCCCGUCCACGUCUACGGUCUUACGGAAACGUACGGUCCGAUCACGAAAGGCUACCACAUGCCCGAAUGGGAAACGCUCCCCGAGAAGACGAAAUACGAUCGUAUGGCACGACAAGGCCACGGCUUUAUCAUGGGCAAAGCGACGCGAGUCAUCAAGACUGAGCAGCCGGAAGGUGUCCUCACUGACGUGGAAAGAAACGGCAAAGAGAUUGGGGAAGUCAUCUUCGAAGGCAACAUCUGCGCAAAGGGCUACUACAAAGAUGCCGAAGCGACGCGCAAGUUGUGGGAGGGCGGCUGGUUGCAUACAGGCGACCUAGCUGUUUGGCAUCCAGAUGGAGCAAUCCAGAUUUUGGAUCGUGCGAAGGAUAUCAUCAUCAGUGGCGGCGAGAACAUCUCCAGCGUAGCGCUCGAAGCUAUGCUUUCCACGCACCCCUCCAUCCUCGAAGUCGGCGUCUGCGCCGUGCCGGACUCACACUGGGGCGAGCGGCCCAAGGCUUUUGUUACCACAAAGGACGGCACAAACAGCGACACAUUGGGUGGAGAGGUGAUUCAGUGGGCCAAAGAGAACAGCAACAUCAGUCGCUUCAUGGUGCCCAGGGAGGUUGUGGUUGUCAAGGAGUUGCCUAAGACGAGCACAGGGAAAAUACAGAAGAAUGUCCUUAGGGAGUGGGCGAGGAAGGGCAGUGUAGAGUAG